AUGGCUACUCUCCCAAAGGGCAGAAUGGUUAGCUUUCAGAUCUCGAGCAACGAUAGGCAGACCCCCUCUGUCGUUGCCAUGGCUUCUAAUGGCACCCCGCUUCCCACUCCUCUCAUGAGUUACUAUUUCAAGAUGCCUCGCAACUCCCCCUGUGUUAUCUCGGUCAACAAAACAGGGAAGGCCCCGCGUUUCUACAGCGACCCUCUGUCUAUCCCCAAGCGCGAUAUCGAGUCUUGGAAUCAAGCCAAAAUUGAGAAGGAGGCACGCACGAUCCGGGCUCAGCACCCUGCUUUGGCAGACAGCGUCAUUCGUCCAACCUCUUGGGAGGAUCUGUACAGGUACUAUGACGCUCAUGACCUUUGGCUUCAAGGUGCUUGGAACCUCUGGUGUGUCAUUGAUGAACUCAGAUACCAGAACGAGAAAAUGGAGUGCUACCGCCAACAGAUGCGGGCGAUGCAGAACCUGGGUAAUCAUUUACCCCUGCUACCCUACGAGCUCUCCAUGAUUGGCGAUUUUGUUGAAGGUUGGAUCUCAUACGCCGAGAACCGGCUCAUGCUCAUCGAGUGGGAUGGUUCAUACGACAUUCUGCAACUAUUCUCACCGACGGACUGGAAAGAAGGUGGGAUUGAAGGCUUAAACCAAACCCAGGCAGCCUUUCUGAGUGAUGAGCUCACUUACUGGCAUGAACACUGGCGUGAGCGAUAUGAGAACCCCGCCGCAUUCUUUCCUCCCGAUCAAUGGCAUCACCUUGGCGGGAAGUACGCGAAGGAGGAUUCUCUUACAGAGCCCCAAAAACGAUUUGGUACGUUAUUCUUGUUUUACUGGAUUGUCCAUGCUAAUGUGUUCUCCAGUCACACCUUACGACAAACCACUUGCUGCACCCAGUGA